AAAAGAGUUCUAGAACCCAUCUCUCGUCACUUCAUUCGAGAAUUCCCCGUCCAGAGCGUAAAUGAACAUGCAGCAGCGCUUCACCACACAGCGCGUCUUGAGCCCUGCGCUGUAUGGAGAGAUUCUGCUCUGCCACGACAACGCUACCAACGAGCAGGUUGUGAUCAAGAAGAUCGACCAGGGCGCGAGUGCGUCACGCAAGACCGUGCAGCGCCAACGCUUGGUGCUGGAGGAUACACGCUUUGAACAGUUCGUGAACAAGACCCUUCAUGAAGAAGGCGGACAUCCCAACGUGCUCACGAUGCAAACCAUGUUUGCCGCUGACGGAUACGACCACUUUGUGUUUGAGUAUUGCAACCGCGGCGCGUUGUUUGACGUGAUGGAGGACGCCACCGACAAACAGCUCGACGUGAUGCAUGCCGAACGAUACUUUUUGCAGAUCCUCACCGGUCUCAAGUUCAUCCACGCCGCUGGGUUUGCCCACCGCGACCUCUCCCUUGAAAACGUCCUCGUGGACAGCUCCGACACGUGCAAGAUUUGUGACUUUGGUCUGGCCGUCGACAUCAACAGCCGUCCCAUCGAUCGCGUUGGGAAGCCGUACUACAUCGCCCCGGAAGUGUUUGACAACGUGGCGCCGUACGACCCGUCCAAGGCGGAUGUGUGGUCGCUUGGGAUCAUCUUGUUCCUACUCCUCACGGGUGUGCCUCUCGUCAACUUGCCGUCGAAAAUGGACGAAAGCUACGUGUUCUUGUCCCGAUUUGGACUGAAGAAGCUCAUUCAAGGCUGGGAACUCGAAGAUUUUGUCUCGGACGACGCCGCCAACCUGCUCGAGAAGAUGCUCUGCAUCAACCCCAACCAGCGAUGCACCCUGCAAGAAGUGGCGCAGCAUCCUUAUGUGCUGCGACGCACCUGAUCAGGGACGAAGCACCAUCGCCCCAUUCAGAGACACCCUACCCUUCCUUAAGCCGCGGCCUCGUCGUUGACGAUCUGGUUGGGGACUUACUUCCCCCAGCUCAGCGGCAUGACGCGGCCCGCUGUUCCCACCACUCCUCCCCUUGCAAGCAAUCGAUAACAUUCGUAGACUAUAAAGGCACUGUUAACUUGAAGAAACGAACCAAGUACAACUACUACA